AUGGCUUCGACAUCGGGUCUACAGCGAAGGCGAGGCGGAGGCGGAGUAGGAGGAGGCGCCUCAGCAUCAGAUGAUAUUUCAAGAGCCGGACCUUCGCACUCUCGCACAGCUUCUUUCGAUUCCUUGCCAUCCCGAACCGGUUCUCCCUUGGUGCAGCACAGCAACGGACGUUCUCAUCUCGACCAUUCCUCUUCCUCCUCUUCAAAUCCCACCGAGGGCUCCAACUCGGCAAAAAGUCGGACUGCAGCAGGAGCUGCCAGUAUCUCCACAACAAGUCAGAGCGGACAUAGAAUCGCGUAUGAUCCCAGAGAUUUACAGGAUGAGGGCGAGGAGAAGGAGAAUCCUAGAUUGACGCUGAUGGAAGAGUGCCUGUUGCUCGGAUUGAAGGACAAGCAGGUGAGUGUGGAACGCCAUCUUCAAGCGGAAAUCAUUCUCCUGAAAUGUAGGCGGUAGGCUCGGGAGUGCAAAGACUGUGUGGGUCGUGCUAGAGGAUGAGCAGGUCCGACUGGUGAGACCGCCGCAGUGCUUCCACGCUGGGACAAAGCGCUAGCCUGCUGCGCGACUUGGGCUCUACACCACCGCUUACAGUGGAGCAUCUUUAAUGGCAUCUUUGAACCUUCACACAAACUCUGACACUUCUGCUCCCUUUCAUACCUCACUGCAGGGCUACUUGUCUUUUUGGAACGACAACAUUUCCUACUCCUUGCGUGGCUGCAUCCUCAUCGAGCUAUGUCUUCGCAAGCGAAUAAGCAUCUCGAGAGACACCUCGGCAUCUUCAGGUCGGUUCAGAGGCAACGCUUUGCCUCUGCAAGAUAGAUUGAUUGAGGUCGUGGAUGGCAAAAUGACGGGAGAAGUCUUGCUAGAUGAAACGUUGAAGCUGAUGAAGAGUAGCGAGAGGAUGAGCGCGAGUCAAUGGGUCGACUUGCUCAGCGGUGAGUGUCUGGCAACAGUAUUUCAUUGCUCGAGUAGGCACUUCAUUCUAAUGCGGACACCUUUGCGCUGCCGCUGCUGGCCUGGGCCUGGUGAUCAGGCGAGACGUGGAAUGUGACGAAGAUUGGCUAUCAGCUCAAGCAGGUGCGGGAACGCUUAGCCAAAGGACUGGUCGACAAGGGCAUCUUGCGCACCGAAAAGCGGAACUUUCUACUGUUCGACAUGGCGACGCAUCCUGUAUCCGACAGCAGCGCCAAAGAUGCGGUACUCCGUCGAGUGUUGAGCCUCUUGACGAGCAGUACCCCUACGCUUCACGCAUCCGCACUGUAUCGAGAAGAGAGGAAGAACAUUGCCUUUGCAGCUACUAGGAGUUUGUCCCUCUUGUGCUGCUCCUUUAGCGCCAAUGUUUUGGAGAAUGCGCUCGCACACCUCUCUUACGACGCGAGGGAAGCGGCUUUUCAAAAAGUGGACGAUAUCCUUUCCGAUUUCAGCCAGUGGCCUAUGGCGCCUCGUUCUGGCAUCGCUGUGGGCAGCGGACCUUCAAAUGCGGCUGCUGGAGCGGGCGUGGGACAGAAGACGGGCAUUGGAGAGGGCAGUAUCAGCAGGAACAAUGAAGAGGGCAAUCUGGGAGUGAGCACGUUCGAACUUGCCAAAGCGGUUAGAAACGAUCUGAUCAGUGGAGGUGGAAACGAGGCGCAAUUCGAAGCUAUUGCGGCCGUGCUGUAUGUGCUCAGUAGGAUGGACAGCCUGGUGAGUUUCCUCUUGGCUAAAUGUUCUCCCGUCCGCAUCGCUGCCUUGUGUUGCCUGCCUGCUGAAUGCGACCAUGCUGCUGUAUAGCUAUGA